AUGGAGCAGACAACAAAUGUAAUUUUAUUUGGAGCCACCGGAUGUGGAAAGUCCACAAUUGCAAAUAUGUUGUAUAAAGGAGAAAUUUAUGAAGAUGAUAAUGAAUUCAAAAUUAAUGAUGGAGGAAAAGGAUGUACUCCGGAUAUCACAUUAAAAUUUAAUGAAAAAUUUGGAAUAUUUGAUACAGUUGGGUUGGGGGAACCAGAAGGUGGUACUGUUGAAAAUAAAAAGGCGGUUGAAUUUAUAAGAGAUCGACUUUCAUACCUUCGUUUUCCACUCCACUAUAUCUGCUACGUCAAAAUCCAGGGUAGAUUUACUAAAUCCGACAGUGAAUAUUUUAAAGAAUUUAAAGAAUUAUUUAAGCACGAGGAAAAAAAUUUUAUAAUUAUAAUUACUCAUUGCAAAAGAAAUUGGAUUGAGGAAAACAUGGAAGUAAUAAGAGAAAAUUUUGGAAAUUAUCCAGUAAUUGGCGUUGAUUUUCCUUCUGACAAAGAUGAUGAUGAGUAUAUUCAACAAUAUAAUAAAAAGAAAAGGGAUCAAAGUCUUAAAGAAUUACUGGGCCAUUUUUCAACCUUAAAUAAUGAAGGUAUAAAAUUGCAAAUUCUUAGCGCAUCCGAUGUAAUCGAGCAUAAAGUACAAAGAUAUGUUCGUUUUAUACCGGUAAUCGGCGCGACUUACACAAUAUAUUCUUCGGGUGUCUAUUUUUUAAAAGGAAAUAAAAGAGUUGCAAGCGAACGCAUUCGUGAAGGACUUAUUAGCGGUUUUGCCGAUGAAGCAGGUUUAUAUCCAAUAAGAUUAGUUUACAAUAUUUUAAAAGAUUAG